AUGUUCGCACGCGUGGUCGUAUUAUUGGAGGAAACUGGAGUACUCGGAGAAAACUCACGUGGUCGGCAAGAGAGUAAGGAAGUGGGAAAAGAACAGAGUAAGGAAGUGAGAAAAGAACAGAGUAAGGAAGUGAGGAAAGCACAGAGUAAGGAAGUGAGGAAAGCACAGAGUAAGGAAGUGAGGAAAGCACAGAGUAAGGAAGUGAGGAAAGCACAGAGUAAGGAAGUGAGGAAAGCACAGAGUAAGGAAGUGAGGAAAGCACAGAGUAAGGAAAGUAAGGAAGUGAGAAAAGAACAGAGUAAGGAAGUGAGGAAAGAACAGAGUAAGGAAGUGAGGAAAGAACAGAGUAAGGAAGUGAGAAAAGAACAGAGUAAGGAAAGGAUAAAAGAGCAGACUAAGGAAUUGAGUGAAAAACAGAGUAAGGAAAGGAUAAAAGAGCAGAGAAGUGAGAAAAGAAUAGAGAAAGGAAGUGAGAAAACACGGAGAAAGGAAGUGAGAAAAGAACAGAGUAAGGAAGUGGGGAAAGAACAGAGUAAGGAAGUGAGGAAAGAACAGAGUAAGGAAGUGAGAAAAGAACAGAGUAAGGAAAGGAUAAAAGAGCAGACUAAGGAAAUGAGAGAAGAACAGAGUAAGAAAAGGAUAAAAGAGCAGAGUAAGGAAGUGAGAGAAGUACUGAGUAAGGAAGUGCGAAAAGAACAAAGUAAGAAAGUGAGAUGA